GCAAACACAAGCGCGCGCUGCACGACCGUGGUGAUGUCAGCGAAUUUUAGGUGCCCCUCACGAUGCCUGAGUAGUUGCGCUCGCCAAUGAGCGUCUUCAGUGUGAAUGUCCUUCAUUGCACUGUCUGGCUCCUGAACCCAUCACGGAUGCCAAUUUAGAUAAAAAAAAAAAAAAAAAACAGAGAACAGAAGAAACGCAUCGCUCCGGUUCGCCGCCGCUCCUCGAUCGCGUGACAUUCUGGAGCGUUUAAAACAACUUUAACUGCGCGCGACAUGGAGUGCCGAGUGCUGUCGAUUCAGAGUCAUGUCGUGAGAGGAUACGUGGGGAAUAAAUCGGCAUCCUUCCCGUUACAGGUUAUGGGGUUUGAAGUGGACUCGAUCAACUCAGUUCAGUUCUCCAACCACACAGGUUACUCGCAUUGGAAGGGACAGGUAUUAACUGCAGAUGAGCUCCACGUCCUCUACGAAGGGAUCAAACUGAACAAUGUUAACCACUAUGACUAUGUACUAACAGGUUACACUAGAGAUACAUCAUUUCUGGAGAUGGUAGUUGAUAUUGUACAAGAGCUGAAGAGGGCCAAUCCUAAUCUUGUAUAUGUUUGUGACCCUGUCCUAGGUGACCAUGGUUCAAUGUAUGUUCCUCAGAAUCUACAUCCCGUGUACAAGAAUAAAGUGGUACCAGUAGCUGAUAUUAUCACACCAAACCAGUUUGAGGCUGAGUUGUUGACGGGUAAGAAUAUCAGCACAGAGAAAGAUGCUGUUGAGGUGAUGGACCUGCUGCAUAAGAUGGGUCCAGACACUGUGGUCAUCACCAGCUCUGAUCUGCCCUCGCGUCUUGGAGACAGAUUCCUUGUGUCUCUUGGCAGUCAGCGCAUUUUGAUGCCAGAUGGAACAAGGACGACCCAGCGGAUCCGAAUAGAGGUGCCAAAAGUAGACGCAGUGUUUGUGGGGACCGGUGAUCUAUUUGCUGCUAUGCUGCUGGCCUGGACUCAUCAUUACCCAACAGACCUGAAAACGGCAUGUGAGAAGACUUUUUCAGUUAUGCACCAUGUUAUCCAGAGGACUAUCUCUUAUGCCCAUGAGAUGGCAGCCCCUGGUAGAAGACCCAGCCCGGCCCAGCUGGAGUUACGGAUGGUCCAGAGUAAAGCAGACAUAGAGGAUCCAGCCAUAGUGAUGGAGGCCACCGUUCUAUAGAGCCGCUGCCACAUCUCAUCCACACAUCAUCCUCCGCUCACAGCUGCACAAUGUAUAGAUGUCGUACAUUUUGAUAUGUAAUGUGACAUUGCCUUAGAAUCUCAACCAGAGCAAAACAGUACCAUUUCAAGAGAUUCAACAGGGUACAGCCAAACAAGCCAGAGGGCGAGAGUGAUUAAAACAGAGAAAAAAGAGAAGGGGAGAAUUGAAUGCGAGAGAUCAUCAGCCUCUCUCGUUCACUCUUUUUAUCCAUUAUUACCAUUUCUCUCUCUGUCUUUCUUCUGAAGCUCCUCAAGAACUCCUGUUCGUCCUGCACAUAAAGCCCAGUCACUGACAUUUCCAAACCAGGUCAGUUAUGUACCUUAACUGCCAUUGUUCUAGUGAGGACCAAAUAAAAAAAUUAUUGACGUCAAUAUGGGUUAACUCUUUGCAUUUCCACUCCUGUACUAUUGAGUGAGAGGAGCAACGAUUGUUGAGCGUUUUUGAACACAAAAAUCAAGAAUUCUCUUGAUAAGAUACCUGUACCUACCUUGAAAAGAUGUUGUAUGGCCAAACUCCAAAAUAAGCAAGUUCGUUGUUAGGUGUGUAUUACAGACCCAAAGCACUAAAUUGUGUGAAAGAGUCCAACAUGUUUCUGAAUUCUGUGUAUUUUAUUGUUUUGUGACUAUUUUCUCCCACAAAAGGGAGAUUUUAUUGAAGAGAUGCGCUGCUGUAUUGUGUGACUUUUAUGUUUUUGGUGAGAAGAUGUACUGUAAUAAUAUUUAGGCCUUGCUCAUGUUUAUGAUUUAAUUCUCUUUCCAUUGAAUUCAUUUUACAUUGAGCAUUUAUAAAUGCGGAACUUCUAGCAUUUCACCUUGUCAUUUUUGUUUGUCAGCGUAAUUAUUAACAUUGUCAUCUCAUUUCCUUUGAACUGAUUGUAUUUGCAUCAAUAAUCUACUUGUUUGUACAGGCAGAAAAGACUUUAAAAAGUAGUUUUAACUUUUUAUUUGACAGUAUUUUCAUAUCUUAUAAGAAAAGACUUGUAAGAAGUCUGUUAGUGGAAUACUUCUUAAAAAUGCCUUGAGGAAAAUAGCUCUGUAUAUGUGCUAGUCUGGUGACCUGCAACAAAUUCUCUCCCUGUGUUGGAGAACAUGGUGCUUAUGGUUACAAUGUUGUGAAAGAAAAUAAAAGGCAGAUGAGCUGUAUAUUUAA